AUGGCAAACAACAUCCUGGAAGCCGGCGUGUGUUUGCCUGCGCGUGACAGCGACUCGGGGGGAAGACACAAGAACGAGCUGGCACCUCCGGAGUCUCCAACGCAUCACUUUGCUAAUUCAAUUAACCAUGUAAAGGAGACGCUAAUGAACUGGAGAUAUGAGGAGGAACACUGGGAGCUUUGGAUGGCGUCUGCAGAUUUGGUGAAGGUUGUGUUACGGAGACAAGUGAAGCAAACGGGAUGGGAGGAGGGGAGCGAGGGGCAGCUGGAAGAAUAUGGCACAGCGCUCCUGGAUCUGGCAACCGCAGUCCGCAGCUCGAGAAUGGAGUGGAGGUGGCAGGAGGUGGAGGACUGA